AUGCAGGCUAGUGACGACACUUCGGAGCAGCCCAACCGCAUCCAGGUCGUCGUGCGCGUGCGGCCAGUCCUGCCCCACGAGCUUACAGAUGAGGUGGCGGUGACUUGCUCCCCGGAUGCCCGGAAGCUUCAGGCGGGGCGAAGGUACUCAGCGGCUAUAGCUUUCAUCUCAUUCGAGUGCCGCCGACUCGUCAGCACAGGUCCACGGCAGCUAAAGCCCUCUGACACGCCCCCGGAUGGGGUUUUACCGGGGGCCGUGUCAGAGGGACGAAAGGGGGGAUACACGGGGGGAGCUGAAGAGGUCUUGCUUCCCGACCGGUUGACUGGCGGCACCAACUUACUCCCCGGGGCAACCCGGAGUGGGGCCAGGUCGUACGAGUUCGAUGCCUGUCUGCCCGGAAAUACGACACAGGAUGAGCUGUACGACACAUGUGGGCUCCAGGAGCUGGUGGAAGCUGCUCUCGAUGGAUACUGCGUUACCGUGUUCGCAUUCGGGCAAACAGGAUCGGGGAAAACACACACCAUCAUAGGGCCGCGGCUCAGCCGCGGCGCCGCCGCGGCCGCGGCGGCGGCAGCCGCCGCCUCCGGCGGCACGACCUCCGCCACCGCCACAGGCUGCCUCCCCCCCGCCGCCGUGGUGACGGCUGCCGCGUACCGUUCCAUUGAGGCGAGAUCGGCUGUAUCGGAGUUUUCCGUGACGGCCAGUGUGGUGGAGUUGUACAACGAGGCAGUGACGGAUCUUCUUGCUCUGGAUAAGAACAAGCCGCUGCAGGUGCGAAAGGACUCCCGGGACGGCUUUGCAGUAACUGGCCUCACACAGGUCAGUUGCCCAACCGACGUGUCGGCCGUACGGUACAUGGUACGAGCACUGCAGUACCGCCACACUCGAGGCCAUAAACUGAACGAGUACAGCAGCCGGUCCCACUGCCUCAUGACGUUUGUGUUUGCGUCCAAGGAGAGGGGCCCGGAAGGCCAGAUGGGCGCCAAGGGCGGGGUACGAAGGUACGGCAAGUUGGCGCUCGUUGAUCUUGCCGGCAGCGAGCGGCUCAAGGAUACUGGCAACAAUGAGAAGGGUGCCGUACGGGAGACGGGAGCCAUCAAUAAGAGCCUCUUCACACUGGGCCAGGUUCUGGGUGCUCUCUCAGCAAGGAGCUGCGGCAACCCCGCCGCCUUUGUUCCGUUUCGUGACUCGAAGCUGACACAGCUGCUGUGGGACGGUUUGCGGGGCAGUGGCCGCUGCCUGAUGUUGGCGUGUCUGAGCCCCCUGCGGUCCGCUGCGGAGGAGUCCCUCAACACCCUGCACUUCGCCACCAUUGCGACCCGCAUCAAGGCAGAGCCGGUGGUGUUGCUGGACCCCCAGGAUCAGUUGGUUCUUGACCUAAGGAAGACGAUCAACCAACUGAGGGAAGAAAACCGCCAACUGGCGGGAGCACUACAACAGCUGUCGCUGGGAGCCGACGCCUCUGCCGUACUGGCUACGCUGCCGGAGCCGCUCCGAGCGCAUGCCGCCGGCAGUGCCGGCGGCAGCGGCGGCGGCUCCGCUGCCGGGAGCGGUACGGCGUCUCCUGUCACCCCCGAUCAACCGACCACGCCUUCGACGCCGCAGCGGCAACUACAAACGCAGCAGCUACAGCCUCAACAGCAGCUACAGCCGUCUGCGUCGGCGGGUGGACGCGGGCGGCAGCCGUUUGAGAGCGCGGUGGCGGAGGCGGCAGCAGCCGUCGGCAACGUGGUGACCACGCCGCCGCCGCCGCCGCCGCCGGCCCCGGCCUCGCAACAACAGCCGCAGCAGCAGCAGCUACAACAGCAACAGGCACCGCUGCUGCAGAGCGUGGCCGAGGUCCCAAGUCCAAGUUACAGUGCGCCCCCCGCCACCUCGCGAACCCGCGGAAAACAGAACGGCCGGCCCGUCGCCGCCCAGGCGGCGUACGGCAUGCCUGACGGGGCCGGCCGCAACGGCCGGAAGCCUGGCGCGCCAGGGAAUAAGGGCUCUUCGCCUCGGUCAAAAUCUGUGGGCCGUGGCGGCGGCGGCGGUGGCGGCGGGCGGCCGACGUACCUCACGGAGGAUCCGGCGGCGUUGCUAUUCGGCUACAGCAGCGCGCUACAGCCGCCGCCGCCGCUGCCGCCGCCAGGCAGCGGCAGCAGCAGCACCAUGUCGCUGCCGGUGCUGGUGCCUACCCGGGGUGCACCCGGGGUGGUGCCGCCGCCGCCGGCGAUGGCGGAGUUUCCGGAGCUGGCGGCAAUGGAGGCGGAGUUCCAAAGCAUGCUGGGCAACGGCGGCGCUGGCGGCGGUGCCCCAUCGGCAGCGGCGCCGCCGCAACAAAGGCGCGCCCCGCCUGGAUCGGGGCAAAGCGCCGGAGCUGGCGGCAGCAGCGCCGCCGCUGCGGUGGCGGCGGUGGAGGCCGAGGUCGAGGACUCCGGGGCAACCCGUCCCGACGUCCGAGCGUUGAAAUGGGCGGAACGGAACGCGUGGUUUGGAACCGAUUAUGACAUGACAUCGUACGCGUACCAGGUGCACGACCAGUUGGUGGAUGUAGAAAGUGUGGAUCCAACCUCGGAUCUGUACUACAUGGAGAUCGAACGCCGCGUGGCUGAGAAGUUCCCGGAGCGCUGGGCGAAGUCAAUGAAGGAUCAGCUGCCCGGUGGUAGCGGCGCCGCCGCCGUCGCCGCCGUACGGCGAGCCGUACCGAGUCCCAACCGGCCACGCCCUGGCGACCCGCCGCGCUCCUCGCCGCCGCCAUCGUACAGCGCGGCGCUUCGGGUCAACAUUAAGGAUCCGCUGGUGGCUGUGAGGAGCGGUAGCGGCGGGAGCCGAGACGUCGCGGCGUCGCUGGCAGCGCAGGCGGCGGCGGUGCGGGCACGGCAGCAGCAGCAGCAGCCACAAGGCUCUGCCUCUUACGAUUCCAUGUCGUACGAGUCGUACGGCGAGGCGAGUCAGCCUGAGACGCUGCUGUACGGCGUCGCCGUCGGCAUGGGCGCCGGCAUCAGCGGAUCGGAGCCCAGCACGCCGCCAAUGCAGGGGGUCAACCCGUUUAAUGUUGGGGCGUUGCAUGCCCUGGCACCGCCCAAGGCGUCGAAGCUGGCCCACUUGCCCGCAGCUGGUCAGGGCUUGGUAUUGGUGCCGGCGGGGGCUGAGCAAGGCGGAGGUGCAGUGCGGGGUUCGACGACGAUGGAGGUUUUGGCCGACCCCAACGCAGCGGAGCGAAUUCAACGGGAGUAUGCUCGGCAGCGGGCGAUUGUGGUGGAGGAGCUGCGCAAGGCUAAGGAGGACGCGGAAGCAGAGCGGCAACGCAUCUUGGCUCGGAUACAGCGGGCGGCGGGGGGAAAUAAGUGGCGCUAGGGCAUGGUGCUUGGCACAUUUGAGGGCGUUAGGGAUAAUAGUUAGCGUUUUGCGUUUGUUGAAAGCGGGGCGCGGGCGUGUUCUUUGGUUGGGUCAUGGCGUUACAUGGCUGGACGUUGAUGGUCAUGUGAUGAUAAUGGAAGAAAACGGACGACCUUGCGGCUUCUGAAGGUAUCAGGAUCGAACUCCUUGAAAGUCCUUUGUUUGUCAUCGGGAUCCUUCGUCUAUGACGUUGGCGUCGCCUCAACUUCUGGGGGUUUCCGCCCCCGACAGAUACAAAAGAUGCAAGUAUAAAACAACAUUC